GUUCCAGUUAGAUGUUCCUCUCUGGGUCUCCAGGUGCAUGGCCAUCAAACUGGAACAUCAGCUCUCCGGCCCUCAAACUGCAACUGGAAUAUCAGCUCAACAUCAACUCCUCUCCAGGUCUGCGGCUGCAAGACCCUCAAAUAGGAAAAUCAGUUCCUCGCCGGGUCUGUGGCUGCAAGACCGUCAAACCAGAACAUCAGCUCCUCCCCGGGUCCACGGCUGCAAGACCCUCAAACCAGAACAUCAGCUCUUCCCCGGGUCUGCGGCUGCAAGAGCCUCAAACCGGAAUAUCAGCUCCUCCCCGAGUCCGCGGCUGCAAGAGCCUUGAACCGGAACAUCAGCGCCUCCCUGAGUCCACGGCUGCGAGACCCUCAAACCGGAACAUCAGCUCCUCCCCGGGUCCGCGGCUGCGAGAACCUCAAACCGGAACAUCAGCUCCUCCCCGGGUCCGCGGCUGCGAGACCCUCAAACUGGAACAUCAGCUCCUCCCUGGGUCCGUGGCGGCAAGACACCCAAACCGGAACAUCAGCUCCUCCCCGGGUCUGCGGCUGCAAGACCCCCAAAGUGAAACAUCAGCUGCUCCCCGGGUCUGCGGCUGCAAGACCCCCAAAGCGAAACAUCAGCUGCUCCCCGGGUCUGCGGCUGCAAGAGCCCCCCAAACCGGAACAUCAGCUACUCUGUGGGUCUGCUGCUGCACAACCCUCAAACUGAAAAAUCACCUCCUUCCUGGAUCUAUGCCAGCAAGACUCUCGAACCGGCACAUCAUCCCCUCCCCAGGUCAGUGGCGGCACGACCCUCAACUGAAACAUCAGCUCCUUCCCGGGACUGCGGCUGCACGACCCCAAAACCGGAACAUCAGCUCCUCCCCGGGUCUGCAGCCGCAAGACCCCCAAACAGGAACAUCAGCUCCUCCCCGGGUCUGCGGCUGCAAUACUCCAAAACAGGAACAUCAGCUCCUCCCCAGGUAUGCGGCUGCAAGACGCCCAAACCGGAACAUCAGCUCCCCGCCGGGUCUCCAGCUGAACGGCCCUCAAACUGGAACAUCAGCUCCCCACCAGAUCUCCAGCUGCACAGCUCUCAAACAGGAACAUCAGCUCCCCACCGGGUCUCCAGCAGCACGGCCCUACAACUGCAACAUCAGCUUCCCCCCCGGGUCUCCAGCUGCACAGCCCUACAACUGGAACAUCAGCUCCCUCCCAGGUCUCCAGCUGCACGGCCCUCAAACUGGAACAUCAGCUCCCCGGCCCUCAAACUGCAACUGGAAUAUGAGCUCAACAUCAGGUCCUCUCCAGGUCUGCAGCUGCAAGACCCUCAAACCAGAACAUCAGCUCCUCGCCGGGUCUCCGGCUGCACGAUCUUCAAAGCAGAACAUCGGCUACACUCCGGGCCUGCGGCUGCAACACCCUCAAACCAGAACAUCAGCUCCUCGCCGGGUCUGCGGCUGCACGACCAUCAAACCGGAACAUCAGCUCCUCCCCGGGGUCUGCGGCUGCACAACCCUCAAAGCAGAACAUCAGCUACUCGCCGGGUCUGCGGCUGCACCACCCUCAAACCAGAACAUCAGCUCCUCCCCUGGUCCGCUGCUGCAAGACCCCCAAACCAGAACAUCAGCUCCUCCCGGGGUAUGCGGCUGCAGGACCCUCAAACCGGAACAUCAGCCCCUCCCCGGGUCAUGGGCUGCACGACACUCAAACCGAACAUCAGCUCCUUCCUGGGUCUGCAGCUGCACGACUCUCAAACUGUAACAUCAGCUCUUCCCCGGGUCUGUGGCUGCACGACCCUCAAAUUGGAACAUCAGUGCCUCCCGGGGUCUGCAGCUGCAAGACCCUCAAACCGGAACAUCAACUCCUCGCCGGGUCCGCGGCUGCAAACCCUCAA